AUGAAGUUCACAUCAUUAGUAUGCAUCUCAUUUGUUGUGGUAGCAGUAAUUAUGUCGUCUUUGGCUCCGACCAAAGCAGCCUUGGUUCGAGGUUCGGAGAAAGUGGCAUGCGUCGCGUCAGAACUUAACAUAUGUGUACCAGCGGCCGAAGCCGGAACUAAACCGUCGGCGGAAUGUUGUGCAAAACUGAAAGAACAAGAGUCAUGUUUGUGUGGAUACAGCAAAGACCCGAAGUUUAGUCAGUAUAUUUCAUCUGGAGGUGCUCGCAAAGUCUUAGCAGCUUGUGGUGUUCCUUACCCUUCUUGUAAUUGA